AUGAAACGAUAUAAGAUAUUGAUAAAGAACGUAAAUACUUUUAAAUGGAAGUCGUACGAAGUGAAAAGAAUUUCAUCGAUCAUAUUAAAUUCAAAGAAAAGCAAACCAUUUAAUAUUGAUUAUAUAGAAAAGGUGAAAAAAAAAAAUGGCUUAAAAGAUGGUUGUAAUAAGGUAUUUUUAAAAAAUAAAUAUAAUGGUGAGAAAUAUGAAAGAGAUAAGAAUAUAACUAGAUGGUGUGAUAAGUUAAAUGAAUAUGCUAAAAAUAAAGAAUAUGAUGUUUAUGAAAAUGGUUUAAAUUCUUGUUCAUGUAUAGCUGAGAAUUCUAUAGAAAUUUCUCAGUUGAUUAAUGUAAUUAGUAAGAACAAAAUUAUAAAUAAUAAUAUAAUGUUGAUUUAUAUAAAAUUAAUUGAUAAAUGUUUAAAAAUAUUUAGUAACAUUCCUAUGAGAAGUGUAAGUUUAAUACUGAAUAGUAUGGUUAAAUUAAAUUAUUAUCAUACUAAUUUUAUUGAUUUGUUUUUUAAAAAUAUAAACAAUAUAAUAGAUAAAAGUAAUCCAAUUGAUCUGAGCAUUUUAUAUCAUUUUUACGUGAACUGUUCAGGUGAUUAUUUUGAAUAUAUAAAUGAUAAUAAAAAUGAUAUAUAUUUAAAUUUGUUUUUAAAUAAAAUACUUAAUGAUAUAUCUCUUUUACAAAUACAAGCAAUUUCUUGUAUUUUAAGAUGUAAUAAAAAAAUAAUAAAAAGAAAAAAUUGGGAACAUGCAUAUUUUAAAUAUGAUGGUGUCUUAGAAGAAAACUACCUGAACGUUCAGGUAAAUGAAAAAAAUAAGACGAUGGAUUAUAAUAAAGGAUAUGAAGAAAAAGAAAUAGAAAAGAAAAGGAUAGAAGAAGGUACAUAUAAAAGAGGUAUUAUAUAUGAUGAUGAGAAAACAUAUUAUAAUAUGUUAUCUAUAAAAAAGGAAAAGAGUGAAGAGUUGGAUAAUAAUAUAAAUUUUUUUGAGUGUGAUAAUAUAAAAUUAAUAAAAAAAGUAAAUAAUAUAUUAAAAGAACAUGUCUAUUUUAAGAUAUCAUCUGGUAAUAUUCAACAAUUGUGUAAUAUUUUAGAAGAUUUAGAAUAUUUUAAUUUAAUUGAUGAUGAUUAUAAUUUUUAUUAUGACAUUUUAAAUAUGUUGAAGAAUUCAUGUAAUUUAUUUGAAUUAAAGAAUAUUGAUUAUAUAAAUAUAUUAAAUAUAAUAAAAACUCGAAAUAUGAAAUAUAACAAUUUUCUGCCUAUAUCGAAUUUUUCAUUUUUAUUUGAUAAAAUAAAAGAUUUAGAUUUUGAUUUUUUUACAUGUGAUCAUUUGUGUGAGUUAAUAAAAAUAUUAUGUUAUUUUAAAAAAUGUUACCAUUUAAAUAUGUGUAUGUAUAAAUUAGAAGCUUGUUUAGAAAAAAAGAAUUUUGAUGAUAUAUAUUCAACAUCAACCUUGAUAUAUUUAUUAUAUGAUUUUUCACAGAUAAACAGAAAUGAUAUGAUUAUACAUUCAUUAUGUAAAAAAUUAUAUAUAUCAAUAAUUAACAAAAUAAAUAAAAGUUGCGAUGAUGAAAAAGUAAAUGAUUUUAAAUAUGUCGAGACGGGAAAAAAUAUCAAAACAACUGAUAAGAAGAACGCUAUGUAUAAAACUGAAUUUAACAUAUGUAUAAAAGAAUAUAUAUUAUUACUUAAAUCGAUGGACAAAUUAUUAGAUAAAAGAAUAAUAACACCUUUAUGUAUUGAUGAGAAAAAACUAAAUUCCUUUUUUCUUGAUAUUACAUAUAAAAUAAAUGAGAAUCCAUCAAAAAAUUCUUUUAAAUGUAGAUAUAAAAAUAAUGAUUAUUAUGAUUAUGAAAUGUGUUUAUAUUUAUAUCAAAUAUUAUUAUUAGGUAAAUUAAAAUCUAGAAACUAUGUUCUUUUUUUAAGUUGUUUAUAUAACGUCUUGACUUUAUCAAUUCAUUUUAACAUAAAAGAUGUGGUCUUAUGUUUGAAAAUAUUACAUCAUUGUACACAUUUUAUAACAAAAGAUAGAUAUUUAAUUUUUGAAAAUACCUUAAAUUAUUUUUCACAUUUGAUAUUAUCUAAUAACGUUAUUCUUUUGGAAAGAAAAAAUAUCCUAAUGAAUAAUAUAAAAAAUAAUUUUAUAAAAAUUAAUAAAAAUAAUAUGAAUUAUGUAGAAGAAAAUUGUAAUGAUAAUAUAGAUAUUUUAAAUAAUUUAUAUAAGAACAUAAAUAGAAUAAUUGAUGAUAAUAAUUAUAUGUAUAUAAAUAAAACUAAGGCGAAUCAUUAUCUUAAUGGUUCUAUUAUGACUAAAAGUAAUAAUGACGAGAUAUAUACAAUGUGUUCUAAUUUUGAUUAUACAAAGAUAGCUUGUAUAGAUUGUUGUAAUAUAUUAUAUUAUUUAAAAAAAUUGAAUUAUGUAAAUAAGGAUUUAAUAAAUAUAAUAUUAAAAAAUGUAUAUAUUAAUAUAAGUAGUUUAAAAAAGCAAAAAUAUAUCCUUCGAAUGGUUAAUGGGUUAAGUAUUAUAAAAAAUAUCGACAAAGAAUUUAAGGAUUUUAAUUGUAUUGUAAAAAAAAUGAUGUUUCAUUUUUUUUUUAUUCAACAAGAACAUAAUAAUAAUAUGAGUCAAAAUAUAAGAUUAGAAGAAAGUAUUAAAUUAUUUUAUUUAUUAAGUAAAUUGGAUAUGAGCAAGAAAUAUAAAAAUGAUUUGAUAACAAAAUAUAUGUUGGUACGUUUGGAGAAUAUAUUAGAAAAGAAAAAAACGACAAUUAAUAAUAUUAUAUUAUUAUUAUAUGGUAUAAAAAAUAUGUACCCAUAUAGAUACAUAAGUUUGAUAUCAUAUGUCUUACAUUGUAUUGAUGAUUACCAGACAAGAAUAAAUAAUAUUAAUAGGGAUACCAUGAACAGUGAUAAUAUAUACAGUGAUAAUAUGAACAGUGAUAAUAUGAACAGUGAUAAUAUAUACAGUGAUAAUAUGAACAGUGAUAAUAUUAAUAGUGAUCAUAUUAAUAAUUACCAUAUUAAUAAUUAUCAUACUAAUGAGGAUGAUGUUUUAUGCUCCGUGUCCUUUUUAAAAUCCUACUUUUCAUCUAUACCACAUUUUAUAGAUAGUUGGAUAGAUAAUACAUGUAGUAAAAUAAACCAAGUAUAUAUUCGUAUUAGCCAGAAAUUAUUUCAAAACUUUUAUGAACAUAUAUUUUUAGAAAAUAAAAUGAAAAAUGAAGAUAUGAUUUGUAUGUUAAUAGAUUAUAUAAAUUUAUCGUUACCUUAUAUACCUUAUAUAGAAAAGUAUCUUGAUGUAAUUCAUUACGUUAUAGAUAUGCACAAGGUGGUGAUAAAUAAAGAUGAAUUUAUAACUUUUUUGUUAAACUGGAAAAUAUAUAUAAUAUAUAGGAUUAAUAAUAAUAAUAAUGAUUAUGGUGAUAAUGAAGAAACACAGAAAUUGGUAUAUAAGAUUGACGAAUGUUUAAAUAUGUUAUGUAAGAAUGAUAAUAGUUAUAAUUAUAAUGAUUUUAUAUCAUUAAAUAAAUCUUUAGAGAAGGGUAACAAAAAAAAUGAUACUCACAAUAAUGAUGAUGAAAAUGUUUCCUUAAAUAAAAAAUCAGUAUAUGAUUUUAGUUUUAAUAAAAAGAAAAUAAUUUUUCUAGAUACAGAUGAAGAUAAUGAAAAAGAUAUUAUAUGUAAAGAAUAUAAUUAUAUUGAUAUAAAUAAAUUAUAUGAAAAUAAUUUCAACAGGAAAAUAAAUAAUAAUAUAAAUCAAAAUAAAAAAUUACAAUUUUGUAUACAAAAAGAAGACAAUGAAAAAAAUAAAAUAUUUAAAAAUAUUAUUAUUAAUAAUAAUAAUAAUAAUAAUAAUAAAAAUAAAAAUAUUUUAAAUGAAUUUGAAAUAAUUUUAAAUAAAUAUUCAUAUUGUCAAAAUAAUCAAAAUGAUAAAAUUGAAAUUUUAAAAAAUGUAAAACUUUAUUCCUUUCAUAUAAAAUUUAUAGAUAAAAAAAAAAAAAUUAUAUUUGAAUUUUUAGAUGAAGAUGCUUAUUUUAAGGAACCUGAUAAUUCAUCUAUAGAUUUAUUACCAUCAGUUAAUUUAAAAUUAACAUUAUUAAAAAAAUUAAACUUUAAAAUAAUCACCAUACCAUUUUAUGAAUGGAAUAAAUGUUAUGGACGCUUAGAAAAAGUUAAAUCCAUUUAUCAGAAAUUAUUAAAUGUUACAAAUCCACAAAAUGCACAAGAGGAAUAUCAAAAUUAUAAAAGUGACGAUAUAUUUUCUUCUAUAGGACGUUAUGAAAUAACUAAAAAGAAAUAA